AUCUGUCGCCGCAUGACACCUCCCCUGAAAAUUCGAAACGACGGCCCCCUUGCAAAAACUAAGGAGGCUGGGGAGCAUGUGAGAGUCUGCACGUAGUCCUUUUAGGUCUUGGCUUGUCCACCCACAAAAAAAGCAGCAGGAGAUGUCCAACAGUGAGUCGAGACAUUUCGUCAGAUAGGACCACCGACACCACGCUCGACCUUCCCCAUCUCCCCUUCGCUCUCCUGAAUUCAUCAACGAGCCUACCGAACACUGGGACACUUUUUUUUUCUACACCCACGAUGCAUUUUUUCAGGAAGCUGCUCCCAUGUUGGUGUUUCCUGUUGCUGAGCUGCCAGCCGUCGCUGUCAGCGCACGACUUUUUCACCUCAAUCGGCCAAAUGACGGAUCUGUUGUUCACGGAGAAAGACCUCGUCACAUCCCUCAAGGACUACAUCCAAGCUGAGGAGAACAAGUUGGAGCGGGUCAAAAAGUGGGCCGAUAAACUGGAAUCUUUGACGGCCACGGCCACACAAGACCCCGAGGGCUUCCUGGGGCACCCGGUCAAUGCCUUUAAGCUGAUGAAGAGGCUCAACACCGAGUGGGGGGAUCUGGAGAGUCUCGUCCUCAGCGACACCACCGAUGGUUUUAUUUCCAACCUGACCAUCCAAAGGCGGUACUUCCCGACGGAUGACGACCAGACUGGCGCGGCCAAAGCUCUCCUCCGAUUACAAGACACAUACAAACUGGAUGCCCACACCAUCUCCACAGGAAACCUACCUGGGGUGAAGCACAAGACUCUCAUGACGGCAGAGGACUGUUACGAGCUGGGAAAGAUUGCCUACACGGAUGUCGACUACUACCACACGGAGCUGUGGAUGGCGCAGGCCCUGAAACAGCUCGACGACGGUGAAGAGUCCACUGUGGAUAAGGUCACCGUGCUGGAUUAUCUCAGUUAUGCCAUCUACCAGCAAGGGGAGUUGGAGCGCGCCCUGGGGUACACCAAGAGACUCCUUGAACUCGACCCAGAACAUCAGCGAGCCAAAGGCAACGUGAAGUACUUUGAGUUCCAGCUGGAGAAGCAGAAAAAGACGAAAAAAGAGGACACGGCCAUUGAGAAGGAGCCUGAGAAGAAAGAGACACCCGUCAAGAAGAAGCAGAAGCAGAAGAAGGACAGGAAAACCUUCAGUCUGAUGCCUGAGAGGAAGAAGUACGAAAUGCUGUGUCGCGGGGAGGGCAUCAAAAUGACUCCCCGUAGGGAAAGCCGACUGUUCUGCCGUUACUAUGACAACAAUCGCAACCCCUUCUAUGUGCUGGGACCGGUCAAGCAGCAGGAUGAGUGGGACAGCCCCUACUUAGUCCGCUUCCUCAACAUCAUCUCUGACAAAGAAAUUGCCAAGGUCAAAGAGCUGGCAAAGCCCAGGUUAAGGCGAGCCACGGUGCAUGACCCCCAAACUGGGAAGCUCACUACAGCCCAAUACAGAGUCUCCAAGAGCGCUUGGCUCACAGGCUAUGAAGAUCCCGUCAUUGAAAAAAUUAACCAGAGGAUCGAGGAUCUCACCGGCUUGGAAAUGGAUACAGCAGAAGAGCUGCAGGUUGCAAACUAUGGUGUUGGCGGUCAAUACGAGCCUCACUUUGACUUUGGAAGGAAAGACGAGCCAGAUGCCUUCAAAGAGCUCGGAACGGGCAACCGCAUAGCAACGUGGCUCUUCUACAUGAGUGACGUUGCAGCAGGGGGCGCCACAGUAUUCCCUGAUGUCGGAGCGUCGAUUCGACCCCAAAAGGGUUCUGCAGUGUUCUGGUACAAUCUGUUUCCCAAUGGGGAGGGCGACUACAGCACGCGACAUGCUGCUUGUCCUGUUUUGGUGGGCAACAAGUGGGUAUCAAACAAAUGGAUUCAUGAACGAGGCCAAGAGUGGCGGCGACCAUGUGGUCUAAAUGAGACUGAUUGAUUGAAGCAAGAACAACUCUCACCCCCUCCUCGCCCGGCCCAGAGCACCCUGCUGCCGAUCACAGAUGACACUACAUGGACGCUUGGGGGUCCAUAUGGCACACAUUCCCCAAGCUCCAACACUCCCUUUAUUUCACAGCCCAAGAGAUUGUUUGGAAUCAGGACAGCGUCGGCGUCGCUGCGAUAGAUAGCUCCCGAAUUGCCACACCGUGACCUGCGGUUCUGCGGCUAUGCUAUCCUUCAGUCGCAGGAAAGCCUACACCCCCACCCCACUUCACCCUCCACCACUCCUGUCAGUUGGCAUUCUUCAGAAGCCUGACUCAUUCACUCCUUCACACACCUUCUCGCGAGUUUACACUAUUUCAUUGCACGACGAUUUGCAAAGCGAGCACCGCUAGCUCACAGCGCGCUAUGCGCAAGUUGAGUUUGAGUUGAGAGUUGCUCUUCUCUUCAGGUCAUGGGGACAUCAUGAAAAAAGAAUAGAUUUUUGUCAUGGAUGUCGAAGUGAUGAAAGGCAGUUUUAACAUAAUGGCUCUUAAUCAGAACAGUUGUGAGAUGCGGUUAGCACAUUUGACUCACAGGUUUUUGGUUUGAAUCUAUGUGAUGUGGAGCUUUCAUGUUCUCGUACGCAUUUUUCGGGUUUUCUCCAGGUAUUUCUUUCCACAUCCGAUAAAUAAAAAAAAUACACGCAUUGAAGAUUCUAAAUUGACCAAAGGUGUGAAUGGUUGAUUAUCUAUUAUGUGUGUCAGAAAAGUUUCAGGACUGGUGUUUCAAACACAAACUACAGGUUUUCCCCUUCAGUGGGCCAGACAAUCAACCAGCAUGCCACUCCGGGCAUUGAAUCUGACACCUUUGCCCGAAGGGAAACACUUCAAAUUGGGGAAAAAAAGUGUAGUUUGGAUUUGAAAUACUACUGGUGCUGUACAAGUACUUUGACUUGUGAGAGAUCCAAGAUGCAAGACGUCACUUGACCAUUUUGUUUUUCUGAGAUACAAAGUCCACUUCAGACCACCGCUGCUAAAUAGCGGCAGCGCACUACCUACCCAAUUUGCAGUGACCGUCAUUUCGCAUUGGUUUGAUUGCAAGGGAAGGGCAGUGCCAGGCGGUGGCAGGAAUGCGCCAUUAAACUGGUUUGCAAACUCCCCCAACAGAAUAACAAGGAAGACCAAUCGAUUCGGUACAGUUGUUUUGGGCUCACAUUGUCCGUUUGUAAGUUGUAAUGUUAAGAGCAAGAGUUGCCACUGUGUGUUUUAAUACAGUACAAGGACAUUGUUCGGGGUGCUGGGGUGGGGAAAGGUGGUUUGAGAUACAAGCAUGGUCAUGGAACGAUUUGUACUCAUGUCUCAAGGCAACCUAUUGCAGUGGAACCCGGAUAGUUACUGUUCGAAAGCCCUUUUUUUUUUCGUGGAGAUUUGUUCUUGGUAGUUUUGACAGUGGGGGUUUUCAUGUUUUUCAAUGCAGUUAUAAUGACAUCAAUUAGCCGAUGUCCUGGUCCCAUGAAGGUCCACUGUAUAACUUUGUGAUACCAGUCCUGGAACUUUUAAGGCACACCCAUGUCGAUGAAAAAUGCAGAUGGAUGAACAUAGCCACUUGAACACACAUCCAAACAUAAAAUCAAGCCUUUGAUGUCCAAUUCAAACACGCUCCCAGUGGUUUGCCUUUUUUGAAAUAUUGGGUUUUGCGAGGAAACAAUCAUUUUAUUUAUACGACCCAAACCAUUUUUUUGUGUUAAUGUUAUGGCAGUCCUCGUUAAUUAUAGUUUGUAAGACAUUAAAAGUUGUUUGUAUGAA